UGGACGUUGCGAUUUACAUAACGUGUCGCAGAAAGAUAGCUAUCUUCCUUAUCUUUUCAAGCACCAUAGUUAGGGCAUUUGCAUGUUUAAAAUUGCAAGCAAACACUUUACGAAUAAAUUGUGAUUAAUGGCACAAAACAUCCAAACAAAAGUGCACGCUUCUGAAGUGAUUCAAAUAACUAAUCUCGGCAGUUUAGAAAGUUAACAUCAGGAUGGCUCAACGCGCACCUAACAAAAGUCUGCUCUCCAAAAUGGUGAACAGCUUGAAGAGCAAGGAGUUUCGGGAUUAUUUAAUGAGCACACAUUUUUGGGGGCCAGUAGCUAAUUGGGGAAUACCACUUGCAGCAAUUGCAGAUUUCAAAAAAGAUCCGAAAUUCAUCUCAGGGAAAAUGACUCUUGCCCUUACACUCUACUCGUGCGUGUUCAUGCGAUUCGCUUGGAAAGUGCAACCAAGAAAUAUGCUUCUAUUCGCUUGCCAUUUAACAAAUUCUACUGCUCAAACUGUGCAAGGAAUGCGCUUCAUCAACUAUCAAUACCUGGAGAAAAAGGAGGCCGCGUAAAAGACAUUUGGGGAAAUAAAGUACUGGUGCUUCAUCCAUGAGCCGCCGUAAUAUUAAAGUAAUACGCAGUUAUAUGUAAAUUCGAAUGUUCAAAAUUUAGCGCAAAUUAAACGGAAAGAAGACUAAGAAA